UUGCAGAGCACAUGAAUGAGGUAUUCGGCUGCUUGACUCUGAGACAGUGACUGUGAGAGCAUGUUCAUGAUGGGACUACCAUGGCUGCUAGUUCUGGAGCUUGUCCUUUACGCUGGUUGUUUCAUUUGUGGGGUGAUAGCUGCCGCAUGGAUGACACUCACUCAGGGCCACUUUGAUGGGCGUUGCAUUCUCUAUGGAAGUGUUCAGUAUAAUGCAUCUGGCCAGGCUCUGACCAUAGAAGGCUCCAGUUCUACUUCCGUCUGCUAUUUUGUGUCAGCAAUCGCUGUGUGCAUGGCUAUUUACUGCUUUUCCCUCAUUCUUUACUGGAUCUAUGCCAGCUGUGUAGAUGAGGAUGUGAGAAGGGGGACUGUUUCUCUCAACACGUCUCUGGGAGUCUGUGGUCUUCUGCUGUUUUUUCUCUUAGUAACAGGAUGUAUUCUCAAGAUCGGUCGGGACAGCCUGUGUUUCUCUGUCCUUCACAACACUCCCUCUAUUACCAGUUGUGAAGAUGCAGAGAAUAAAACUUGGGCCCACCCAUACACUGGAAAUCAGUUCUACACUGGACUGUACAGUACUGAGAGGUCUAUGUGGGUAAGCUUCUUCUUCUGGGUGUUAAUAACAGCUGUGGUAGUCAUACAGAGGCGCCAGAGCUCAAGGUUGAAGGUUUGGGGUGAUGAUGAAUGGAGCCGUGCUGAGACAGAGCCCUUCCUCCAUCGCCCGUCCCGCCAGAGAUAAAUCACCAAGGCCACUAUUGCAUGAGCUUAUCACUACAUAUCAUGUAGAGUUUAUUCUAUACACAUAGAUGGGACUACAAGCGGUUAUAAAAUAAUACCUAAUAAUAUGUUCGUUGCAACAUUAGAAUUUUUAUUUAGUUAUACACAAAAAAAAUUAUUUGAUGUCUGUUAGCUAUAAUUAUAUACACAACGUUUAAACACAGUAUAUGUCCAGAGACUUCCAAGACCAUGUCUUUGGACAUUACGGAUAUUAGAAAAAUAUGAAUCAUACUGUCUAAUAUACAGUCAAAAACCAUCAUUGGAAAAUAAAUGAAUCAGGACCCCAAUACAGAGAGGAGUGUUAUUCUAUCACCCUAAAGGGGGUUAUCCUGCUUAAUAUGAGGAUAUUUAGAAAAUA